GAAAGAGGACGUAUGGUUGUGUAUUUAUAUGUUUGGAGUUGUUUAAAAUGGAGAAAUGUUGUAGUUCAGCGUUCUUUAGUAAUUUGUAAUCUUUAAAGGCACCAAACAUUGUAAAAGAGAUGGGGUCGGGGGUUAUUAGUUUGCUCUCAAGCAAAAGGGGCCUACUUUGUGGUUGCUGUUUUUUGAAUCCCUGGGAGUGAUAUAAAUCUAUAUGACAAAUUCCUGGAGGUCUGGAUGCAAUUAACUGGUUUUUAAGUGGAGGAUUAUUGUGUUGUCUCACCAAUUCAAUCCCUGUAACAGAGAAGGUCUCUUGAAAAUCUGAGGUUGCUCGCAAAGAAGACCAAGAAAAUUGAUCAGGAGUUCUUUAAGUAUGUGAAAGAAAGGAGAGUGUUCGAGGUGGCAGCCUUGUUGAUGGUAGCUCGUGAAGAUGCUAUGCCUGGUGCAGAAGGACGUAAAAAAAUCCACGAUUUUCUUUCGACGGAGAUUGCAUCCCUGACUAAAGUUUCACUAUGGUCAGUGUAUCACAUUGAUGAUGCAGGAUUUGCACAACAGUGCGAAACAAAGAAGAUGGAGGUUGAGGUAAUUCUGUUGUUAUUAGAAAUAUUUGAGUGGAUUGGUGACAAACUCACAGGUUAUCUUCAAAUGGAGCGAAAGGAGCCGUCAACGGUAGACGUGGCCAAAGAACUUGCUUGGAUCUUUGAGGAGGCAGGCAUUGACUUGAAGUUUAAGCUUUUAGGCGAGACAAAAAGGAUGCCAUGGCAGUUUGAUCAUUACUCGACGUUCAUAGACCAGAAAGGUAUACAAAGGAUUUAUAACAGAUAUCAAUCCGCGGGGAGAAGGUUCUCAGCUGGCAACACAAUGGGUUAUCACAGACAAUCCUCAACUGGUGAGAUCUGUAAUCAGCAUGCUGUGGUACCUUUGAGUAACUGCCUUCGAGGGUCUUCCAGAAAAUUCUUUCAUACUUCGCAUUCUGUGAGACCCAAUCAGCAUUUCGGGUCUGCUACUCAAGUGAACAAAGUGUGCAGCGCUGUGCUGAAUUUCCAUCUCAAGCAAGUAUGCAUUGCGCGAGCCUGCCAGGAUUUUCAUUCUGCAUCUCAAGUUAACAAAACGUGCAAUGGUGUGCCGCAUCUACAAUCCAAGCUACAAUCUCUUGUUGGAACUAUGCUGGACCUCCCAUCUACUGCUGGAUUGAUUGAAGCUUGCGGUAGGGUAUCAAAUAUGCAGUACAGGAAAAACUGUGCUUGCUAUGUGGCAACUCUAAAAAGGGGACUGAGAUGUAUAUGACUGACUUGCAGCUUGCUUAACAGUUGGAGCAUACCUUCCCUUUCCAGCAUUUUGGUAGUACUUUCCCUAUAUGUGGAGCCAUUUCUUACCCUGAAUUAUUUCAAUGUUUAUGAUGUCUGUUGGGCCUUGUCGCAUAGUUUGUAAUGGCAUUUUGGGAAGAUGAUUGUAUCUCGUUUCCCCUAACAAGGAUCGCAUUAUUGUUGAGAUAUGCCAACUUCUCCUACAAA